AUGACCAUGACGUCUGACUCUCUGUUACCGUAUUACACAGCCCAGAGUGGCUCCGGAGUCGGCAUGUUCAACACCGCCAUGGGGAAACUACAACGGCAACUGUACAAAGGAGAGUAUGACAUAUUCAAGUAUGCUCCAAUAUUUGAGAGUGACUUCAUCCAGAUCACCAAACGGGGAGAAGUGAUCGAUGUGCACAACCGUGUCCGCAUGGUGACCGUGGGCAUUGCGUGCACCAGCCCCAUCCUUCCUCUCCCUGACGUCAUGCUCCUGGCCCGGCCAGCCCCCGGCUGUGAAGACUUUCCGGGACGCAGCCAGACCACCAAGGGCAAAAGCCGCAAGGCUGCGAAGACCUUGGAGCUCACUAGGCUCCUUCCUUUGAAGUUUGUAAGGAUCUCUGUUCACAACCGUGAGAAACAGCAACUGCGCCUCAAGUUCGCUACCGGCCGUUCUUGCUACCUGCAGUUGUGCCCCCCUCUUGAGGGCCGGGAUGACCUCUUUGCCUACUGGGAAAAAUUGAUCUACCUCCUGAGACCACCUGUGGACAGUAACAGCAGUACCUACGCCAUCCCAGCAGAGGACAUGGUGUGCAUGCCUCUGCUGGAGGAAGACGACAAGACAAGUAUAGCAGCAGCCGAGUUCCAAGGAAAAGGGGACCCAGACCAGGUCAGUGUCAGAAGCCUCCCCGUGGUCACAGACGUGAGUGGGAUCAGCUCGGCUGCUUUUGCUGGUGGUGAGGGAAUCCAUCAUGACUCUCAUAAACCCACCUCUUUGCCCAGUGUAUCUACCCCCAAAGCAAACCCAAAAGACCUUGCCAAAGAGCCAUCAACAGAGACAACAGCAGCGUCAGUGGGUAGCCUAGUGGGCGCUUUGAGCUUGGCAGGACCCAGGUCUGUGAGUUCUGGACAGACAAAUGCAGACAUAGCAGGGGGCGCUGCCAUGGGUGCAAGAGGAAGCAAAAGCCAUUUGGCCAUUGCAAGCACUGGCAAGAUGUCCCCGAAAAGCGUGAAGGCUGCCUUGGUAGGGACAGCCAGCAAGUCUCUGGAGUAUAUUUCCAGUGCAUCCUCCAGCGUCUCCCGAAAAGAUAGCAUGACUAUGGCAAUUGUAAGACUAGAACCUACUAGCAAGUCUGUUGAAGAAACAGCAACUGAUCCAGCCUUGACCUUGCCGAGUGAAAGCCACACAACAGAACAGACAAGACAGCCGAAAGCCCCCGAGGCCAACACGGAAGCCAAUAAGGAAAGGCGGGAAAGAAGGGAGCGGAGGGCAAAAGACAGGGCUGGCAGCAGCAGGAGUUCCCGCCAGCAGAGGACAGGAGAAAGUCGCCGCAAGGCAGCUGGGGAAAAGGUGGUUCGAAAAUCAACCAGCCGCAGAUCUGCUCGGGCCGACAAGAAGGAAAAAGGCACCCUUAGAGGCAGCAAGCGCAACAGGUCUCACAAAGGGGUCAGCCAUGUCCCCAUCACGAAGGAGUCCCGGAGCUCCCACAAAUCAGCCAGGACCCUCUCCACCGCCAGCUCUGCGUCUACGAGCAAGAGGGUUGGCAGAAUCAGCUUGUUCCUGAGGAACAUCAGAGCCAACCUGGCUGCAAAAGGCCUGGCAUCACAGCGUGGCCAAGACACGGACAUCGUGGCCAAGACACUGGAGACAACCAACGUGGAGGCCAUCAUGGAGACAGAGAGUGGCCAGGGCCUGGACAUCAUUGGUUCUGUGACAUCCGAGGUCAUGGAGACAGUGAUCUUUGAGGCUCCUUAAAGUACAACUCAGGGCCCAAAACUGCAAAGGGCCCAGGGCCCAGGG